CUGUCAAUGGUGGUUUGCGUGUGGAACGCAAGCAAUUUGCGCUAAUUUACAAAUUUUUUUGUAGACAGUUGUAAACAUUCGAGAAAUUCCCCGAUUACAAAGCAAAGCUGCAAGUGAAUUUCAAAAACUUUUAAUGUAAAAUACAAGUUAUUGGACUUAACAAAUGUUCUAAAAAAGUUUAAGAACUUCGUAGCAAUGGUGAAUGUUAUGAAAGGUGUAUUUGUUGAAUGUGAUCCGGCUAUGAAACAAUUUCUUUUGCAUCUCGACGAAACGCUUGCAUUGGGACGCAAAUUCAUCAUACAAGAUUUGGAUGAGAAUCAUCUGUUUAUUUCUACCGACAUUGUAGAAACUUUGCAAGCACGUGUGGAUGAUUUAAUGGACCGCAUAAGUUUUCCGCUGCAUGAAAAAGAUCCCUAAAUUAAAAAUAUAAUUAACUCUAAAUAUAUAAGACAAGUCAUUCUCUAUAAGCCAACCUACAUUACAAAAAAAAAAAAAAAACUAUGACCGGACGCGAGUCCAAUCGUAUAAAAGAUGCGGAGAAAAAACGUGUGCUUGAUGAAGCUGCGCGACAACGGCGCGCACGCAAGGCGCUUGAAGCACUCGAGCAAGAUAAUUUCCAUGAAGAUCCACACGCAGAUUUGGUGAUGUCAAAGAAAUUGCCGAAAUUUCAAGAUGGCAUCAAAAACACCAAAGAGAAGAAAAGCAAACGGAAAGGUGCCGAAUACUACCGGGCGAAGUAUCGUAAAAAUUUUCCACAGCUCUUAGAAGAAUGUAAGCAGAACUCUACAGAUGCGCCAAACUACUUGAAUGCUUUGGCACCGGCACCAAAUAAGCCGCCACGUCGGUUCUGUGCAGUUUGUGGUAAUUUUUCAAAAUACACUUGCACCGCGUGUGGCACACACUACUGCUGUAUUCGCUGUCUGGGCACACAUCAGGAUACGCGUUGUCUCAAAUGGACCGCUUGAAACUUUCUUUUAAGUAUAGAAUUUUAUUGGAUUACAUAGUUACAUUGGGGGUUUUAUGAUGCAGAUGAAGAUGAGAAAAAUAUUGAAGUAUUAAAAUAUAUAUGAAACUACAAACAAGUCUUCAAGCAAAAAUAAAGAAUUUGAAAAUAUAAAUUUUAUGUUCAAGCGUCCUUGUGCGAAAAGGUAAAUUUUUGUUUAGGACCAGAAAUUGUAAUAGAGCUCGUGCAAGUCACAUUUAAAGUAUCUGAAGGACCAUUUUUAAUGAUAUGUAGAGUAGGAAGUAAGGAAGUUAUAUAUAUAUAUAUUAAUAUAUAUAUAUAUAAGGGUAUAUGUGUAUAUAAAUGAUAAGAUUGACGAGCUGAAUCAAUUUGGCCACGCUGGCUAGUCCCUCAGUUUUGGAGAUAUCAAUUUGAAAUUUUGCACAUGUCCACAUUAAAUACAUACCUAAUUGGUAAAAACCAUUAUUUUAA